UUCUUUCAAGCAACCACUAAACCUGCUUUGGAUAAGGAUCAUCACACUGCAAUCAUGAAGGUUCACGAAUCAAAAUCACAGAAUCAUCCUUCUGGAGACGAAGAGAAAAUCAUGACCAGAAAGCAAAAGGCCGAGAAACAACAGGACCACCCAAACAAGAAACCUAAAUCGGAAGACAACCAAAACGGCAAUGCAACCACCAAACCCUUAUCUGACAUUGUGGCUGAGUUUGAUAACUUCUGUAAAGCCACAAGUCAGCAUCUCUCCAUUGAUCAGAUGCGAGAAAUCCUCGAAGCCAAUAACGCCGACGCUUCCGGCUCUGAUGACGCCGUCGUGCCAAGAUGCCAAGAUAUGAUGUUUUACGGGGCGUUAAGAGAGUGUCCUGUUUGUGGGGGAACAUUGAGGUACGAUGGUCAAAAUUAUACCUGCACAGGAUCGUACAGUGAGUGGUCUACUUGCACUUACAACACCAGGGAGCCUCCCAGAUUGGAAGAGCCGAUUAGAUUCCCUGAUUUUGUGCAGGAAUCCGGCAUUUCUGAUUUGCUGCUGAAACACCAAGACCCAAAGGGGAGACCAAAGAGAGAGAUGAAGCCCACAGACAGACCCUUUACAGGGAUGAUUAUAUCUCUAUCUGGUCGACUUUCUCGCACCCAUCAAUAUUGGAAGUCUAAGAUCGAAAAGCAUGGUGGAAAAGUAGCCAACCAUAUAAUCGGAGCGACCUGUUUAGUUGUGUCUCCAUCCGAACGAGAUCGAGGAGGCUCCUCAAAAGUUACAGAAGCAUUAGAACGAGAAAUACCUGUGGUACGUGAAGCUUGGUUGAGUGAUAGCAUUGAAAAACAAGAACCACUGCCUUUGGAUGCCUAUGAUGUUGUUAGUGAUCUUGCUGUUGAUGGCAAAGGAAUUCCGUGGGCUAUGCAAGAUCCCAGUCAAGAAGCCCUUGAAUCUUUAAAUGCAGAACUCAAGAUGUAUGGUAAAAGAGGGGUUCACAAAGAUAGCAAUUUAGACAAAGAAGGAGGCGUCAUCUUUGAGAAAGAUGGAAUCUUGUACAACUGUGCAUUCUCAGUUUGCGACAGAGGCAGAAAAGUGAACGAGUUCUGCGUGAUGCAACUGAUCAUGGUACCAGAGAACCGGUUGCAUUUAUACUUCAAAAGGGGGAAAGUUGGUGCUGAUCCUAGAGCAGAAGAAAGGGUUGAAGAAAGGGAGAACAUCGAUGACACGAUCAAGGAGUUUGCUAAACUGUUCGAGGAGUUGACUGGAAAUGAGUUUGAGCCAUGGGAGAGAGAGAAGAAAAUUCAAAAGAAACAUCAGAAGUUUUUCCCAAUUGACAUGGAUGAUGGGUAUGAUGUGAGAUAUGGAGGUUUGGGGAUUAGGCAGCUUGGCACAGCUGCAGCUCAUUGCAAGCUUGAUCCAUUGGUGGCUAAUUUCAUGAAAGUCCUUUGCAGUCAAGAAAUUUACAGGUAUGCUUUAAUGGAGUUAGGACUCGAUGCACCUGACCUCCCUGUGGCCAUGCUCACUGAUUUGCAUAUAAGAAGAUGCGAAGAGGUUCUACUGGAGUUUGUGGAGAAUUUAUCAACUACGAAAGAGGAGCAGAAAGCUGGCGCAAUAUGGUCAGACUUCAGCCAAAGAUGGUUCACACUAUUGCAUUCUACAAGGCCCUUCAUCUUUAGAGAUACUCAAGAUCUUGCAGAUCAUGGUGCAUCUGUACUUGAAACUGUGAGGGACAUAAAUGUGGCAUCACGGAUUAUAGAGGAUAUGACUGGUGCUACCAUUGAUGAUCCACUAUUUGAUCGGUACAAGAGGUUAGGAUGCUCCAUUUCUCCUCUGGAGAAGGAAUCAGAGGACUACAAGAUGAUCCUUAAAUAUGUUGAUAAAACUUAUGAGCCUGUCAAAGUUGGGGAAAUUAGUUAUGGAGCCGCCGUUCAGAACAUCUUCCAAGUAGAAGUUGGUGCAGGACCUUCCUAUGAUGAAAUCAAGAAACUCCCAAAUAAAGUUCUUCUUUGGUGUGGUACAAGAAGUUCAAAUCUAGUAAGGCACUUGCAUAAAGGAUUUUUGCCUGCCGUAUGCACACUUCCAGUUUCGGGAUACAUGUUCGGUAGGGCGAUCGUGUGCUCUGAUGCAGCAGCUGAAGCUGCUAGAUUUGGGUAUACUGCUGUGGACAGACCAGAAGGAUUUCUAAUUUUAGCUGUAGCUUCUUUAGGCAAUGACAUUAUGGAAGUGACCUCUCCGCCUGAGGAUCCCAAGUCUCUAGAAGAAAAGAAGGCUGGAGUGAAGGGAUUGGGAAGAAAGAAAACCGAUGAGAAAGAGCAUUUUGUUUGGAAGGACGACAUUAAGGUGCCUUGUGGGAGUUUGGUUGCCUCUGAGCAUAAAGACAGUCCUCUCGAAUAUAAUGAGUAUGCUGUUUAUGAUCCGAAACAGGUAAGCAUAAGGUUUCUGGUCGAAGUGAAAUUCGAAGAGCAAGAUGUCGAGUACGAAGAAGUUGAUCCUGCUGGUGCGGAUGCUCCCGUGCAGUAAGAUGGUCGUGUAUAGAUAGAAACUGAUCCUGGUGGUGCCACUGUUGAUGUGGGCACGUUUUUGCCUUUCUAAAUAUGGAAACUUAGGGUUGCUAUGGUGGGUUGACGCUAAUCGUCUAUUUUGCUGUAAAAAUCUUUGAUGGCUUCAUCUACUACGAUAGAAGGCAUCAUGUAUUAUCGGAUAUAUGUUAUCUUGUACUGGGUUUAUGUAUACAUAUAUCACAUUGUAUCUA